AUGGCAGUCCAAAUGGGCUGCUAUGGGCUGGGCAUCUCGCGCAUAUUCGGGGCCGUGGCCGAGCACCUUGCCGACGACAAAGGCCUCAACUGGCCCCGCGCAAUUGCCCCGUUCGAAGUCGCCGUGAUCCCGUCUUCCGACGUGACUGCCGAAGCCCGAGACUUUACGACAUGCUCGCGGGUCAAGAAGCAGCUCGACGAGGAGCUCGAGCAUCUGACCCAGUCGUACGCCCAGCUGCACGGCGCCCAGGGCAAGUUCAAGGACUGCCUGCAAUGCGUCCAUGGCCGCUCGGCGGCUUCCGACGGUCAAAACUCGGUCCUGGUCCCCUUGACCAACUCGCUCUACGUCCGCGGCGAGCUCGCAAACUCGGAUGCCGUCUUGGUGGACGUCGGCACCGGCUUCUUGGUGGAAAAGAAACUCAAGUCGGCAGAGCAAUUCUACGAGGGCAAGGUGCAGGAGCUCACGAACAGCCUCAAGGAGCUUGAGGCAAUCGUGCAACGAAAACAGGCAAACGUGAGAUCCGUGGAAGAAGUGGGGCAAAGCUCAUGGCUGCGCAAAGCCCCCAAGCUUCGGUAG